GUGAGUUGUGCGCGUCUGACCGAUCCGAUGAUGUGUUGUUAUUAGGCGGUGAUCAGGAAAGCGUGUGAUAGAUAUCAGCGUACAUAAAGAAAGUUUCAUUGCACAGGCAUACCCUUCCGUCAUCUUGCAGUGCAUCUGUGCAAAAGCGUGCAAAGCGAAGAGGAAAAAGAAAAUCUGGUGCCAUUUGUUGUUUUUAAAGUGUUCCCUACGAAAAGUGCAAGUAAAUUUCAAGUGAAUCUGUGUGUUAAUUGUGUGUAGUCAAAAGUGAGCUUCCCGGAAGGAAGAGAAAUCAAAGUUGCAGAAUCUCAAGAGAAAAAUCAAAGCAGCAAAAUAUAAAAAAGCGAAGUAAAAACACCAGAACCAUUCGCCAUUGUGGGAAAGCAGUGGCCUCUCGACUGCGCUGCUCUGGUUGGAAACGCGAAACGGCAGAAGGAAAAGAAAAGUGAGGCCCCCAAAGGCGCACGCUACACAGUCUCACGCCGAGGACCGCUCGAAGUCGCACUAGGCCGUCGUCGGUUUUAUGAACUAAGGGAUUAUCCAAAAAGCCGUCAAACUGUGGGGCUCCGGACCAUACUUUCUACAUCCCCAGGGAAUGUACUUUCCGCAGAUGGUCCAGGGGAUGGGACCGUUUCCGGGCACACCCGGGUUCCCGCCGGGAGCAGCACAAACCGUUAGCACAGACAGCCUCUCGGUGCAGGUCGUCAAGGGAGCGACGGGGGCCGGCGGCGGUGGUAGCGCCGGUGGCGGAGGAGGAGGAGGCGGCGGAGGUGGUGGAGGAGGUGGUGCACUGGAUCAGCACUCGCUCAGCACGCUCAAGCAGCAGCAGGACCAUCUCAGCCAGCAGCAGCAACAACAGCAACAGCAGCAGCAGCAGCAGCAUGCCGUCGCAGUUGCCGCCGCCGCCGCCGCGGCCCAAAUCAACGCCGCCGCCACGUCUCAGUCGUUGCGAAAUUCCGUGAGUCAAUUCAGCCCACAGUCCGUACUGGGUGCUCCACCGGCGACCUCGAUAGCAGUGUCGCUGCCCCUACCCCUCCCGUCGACGAUGGUCAGCGGAGCGGGAGGAGCCAACGCGGCCAAUGCCGGAAUGGUAGCCGUCGCCGCCGCCGCCGCAGCAGCAGCCGCCAUGAACGCCAACGGUGGAUCACCGGGCGCCUCCACCAACGUCAGUGCGAACGGUAGCGGGGCCGGCACGAACACUGGCAGCAACAACGGAGCCUCCGGUGCCAACGGAAGUGCGGCCGGAAACGGUGCCGUUGCUCUUUCGAACGGGAUUGAUCAACAGACUGUAAGCAUGUCCGAGCUCUUGCAGCAAUCGGAGCAGGAAGCAUCCAACAACGUAACAAGUGCCAACCCAGCGGACGCCGUCUCGUCGGUCAUGAGUAGCGUCAGCAACAACAGCAGCAGCAGCGUCAACAGCAGCCAGAACAACGCCGCCGUAUCGGCGGCCAUUGCGGCGGCCGUCAAUUCGAUAAGCAGCAACACCUCCGCCAUCAACUCGAGCAAUAGCAGCAACGCCAGCAACGGCAGCCCCAGCACCGGAAUGGUGGUCACGGCGGCGGGUCCGGCCAGCGGGGGCGCAACGACGGUUGUUUCGCCCUCUUCGCUUCCCCCCACCAUGACCUCUUCCGCGUCGGCCGCCGUCGCACUCGCCCAGCAGCACCAGACGUCUCUGAUACAAGCUCAACUACAACAGCAGCAGCAGCAGCAGCAGCAAUUAAAUGGUCAAAGCCAGCUACAGCAACAACAGCAGCAGCAGCAGCAACAACAACAGCAGGUGGUGGUCAGCAGUCAGCAGCAACAGCAGCAGCAAUCCCAGAGCGUGGCCGCAGUCGUGGCGGCACUCGCCGAUUCAAAGUCUCAACCAAAGCGACUACACGUGUCUAACAUACCUUUCCGCUUUCGCGAUCCGGAUCUCAGAUCAAUGUUCGGGCAAUUCGGUUCCAUUCUAGACGUAGAGAUUAUCUUUAAUGAACGUGGCAGCAAGGGAUUCGGUUUUGUAACAUUCGCUAAUAGUAGCGAUGCGGAGCGAGCACGCGAACGUCUUCACGGCACUGUGGUUGAGGGACGCAAGAUUGAGGUCAAUAAUGCAACCGCACGAGUUCAAAGUAAAAAAGCUCCUGCUGUAUCAAGCGUGUUUCUGACGAAACAAGGCGCCGUCUCGGCCCCAUCACUGGCUGCCGUUUGUGUGCCGUGGCCAGAAGCCGCAGCACAUCCAGCCCUCAUGCACCUGCAAGCGUUCGGCCAACGGCAUCCCCACGCGGCGGCGACGCUGGCACUCCAGCAGCAACAGCAGCAGCAGCAGCAACAGCAACAGCAGCAGCAUCAGCGUCACCAACAGCUAGCCCAGUUCCAUCAGCAGCAGUCGAUGCUGGCGAUGGCCGCCGGAGGGACGGCGGCCAGUGUGCCAUCCUCCCCCAGCCGGCAUCCUUCGCUGGCGAGCCUUUCCGGGCUGACGAACGGUGCGGCCGGAGCCGGUGCCGGGGGCACGGCGGGGACGGUCGGUGUGACCGCCGGGUCGGCCGGAGCGGGAGGUGCCGCCGGGGCGCUACUGACCGGCCAGACGACGGGCCGCUUCCCUCCCCCGGGGACCAUUGCGUUUAAUGGGCAAACGGGCGCGUUAGCUGGUUUCGCGCCUGUUUACUUCGAUCCGUACCAUCUAGCGGCGGCUGCAGCGGACCCGAACUAUCGUCUACAGGCCGCAAAACCAGUGACGGAGGUUCAAGCUCAACCUACGAUUUUGAACGCUGCGGCCCCAUUGCUGAAGACGCCACUCUCGCAGGCUCAAGCUCAGGCGUACUCUGCCGCUAACUACACGGCCGUUGCCGCCCGCGCCUACGGAGCCGCAGCUGCCGCCGCCCAACAGCCAACCGUCGCUGGCUACACUACGGUCGCUGGCUACGGAAGAGCCGAGUAUGCUGACCCGUACUUGGGACACGGUAUCGGUCCGGUACCCGGCUACGGGGCGACUAUGUAUCGAGGCGGAUACAACCGCUUUGCGCCGUACUAAGCUCCAAAACCUAGAAGGCGUUCUGCCAUCGUUUCUUUAUGGAGGAAAGGAUCGUUGGGUUCGUCUUAAAACGCCCGACCAAAAUCCCCGAGAAAGAAACGGCGGGCGGUUACACAAAGCAAGAACGAUACCACCGGAUUCAUACGACAGACGCGCGCGCGGGGUACAUCUGCAGAAACACAGCUGUGUCGGAUGACUUCUGGAUAUGUGUUUAGUUUAGUUUUCUUGUUGUCCUGUGUUUCUCUAAUCAAGACCUGCUAGUAGACGGUCACACGGAUAGAUGAUGAAGAACGGUUAUGUAGGUGGCCAGUUGAGCGCCAAGAGAACGUACUCCAGAGGAGAUUAGAUAUGCUAGAGAUAGCCUAUCGACCGCGAUAGAACCGGCACACACCUUCACAGCGACAACAACUUUCCACCACGGAAGAAGAAGUGGAAAACUAAUAGAAUCUCAAAAAGGUACCGCAAAAGUACCAAACAUUUGACCUCCACAAUUGGUACGACCUUACCGUCGUACGACCGUAUCGAGGUUUGCGCAUCACAAUUUAGUUUCAGUUUGAUUACGUUGUCGUAAAACUUUUGUGCUUUUCAGUACAACUACGCACAAAUUUGUGCUGUUCCGAUUUUCUUUCGUGUAAGAGAUUGAAAUUAAGCAAAGGAAGGGAAUGGAAAAUGAUAUAAACAAAAACCAAAGGACAAUGGAAAGGAAAAGGAACAAAGAGGCACCGACGAAAGCGCACAAACCACGCAGAAAGUCCUCCGGAUCCUCUCCGUUUCAGGGAGAUAAACAAAGUGAAACAACAACAACACAAUUAAACACCACACAACACGAAACCAACAUCACCGAUCGGAUAAGCACUUUGUAAUUGCGUAGCUUAUAAUUAUUACGACCGGAUCGAACGGUCGAAGCGAGCUGCGGUUAAAUUGUAUAUGGCCAUGAGUUGUUUUUCUUUCGUUUCGUUUCGUUUUUUUGUGCAUAGAGAUAGGUUAACGUUUUGUUUUAUCGCUUCCUUUAGGGUACGGUUUAAGGUUAGUUCGCUCGGUUUAGGUGAAACCCCCUGAUGAUGAGCUUAAGUACCAGCUAGCGAAUGCUAGCAAAAACAAGGCAGCUCUCUAAGAAAAGGCACACAGAUGCGUUAUGUGCGGAUGCGCUGUGUUAUGCUCGUCAAGUCAAGAUCAACUAUUCCCAACCAGAGGGCGACAACCCGUACCAUUCGACGGAGGGUGUGUCCCAGUGUCGAUAGUUUCGUUGAUACACCAAAGAAAGCAUGAAACGAUCCCAGGAUGGAAAUUAGUAUGACAAAAAACCAAGUAUGUAGCAGUAAAGUAACUAACCUCAGUGUCAUAAAGAUAGUUUGCGUCACGUUUUGUUUUGAGUAAGAGUUUUCGAACGUUUCUACCCAAAGCCCUUCCGCAUGUUCAGUUUUCGCAAACGGCAAAAUAAUACUCAUUGCAACACGUAAAAUCUCACUCCUCACAUGAUCUGAGCGGCGCGUGCGUGUUGGGUUAAAAUUGUAGUAAAAUUCCAAUGUACGUUGAAGGAAAGUUGAAUCCCAUUAUCUUUAACGUGUGAUACGAUUUGCUUUGUAUCUGCCAGUUUCCACGGUUAGAAUACAAGCAAAACAAAACAUGCUCAACAUGUGUGUUACGAAAUAGUAACACUUCUACCGUGGCUGCAUCAGUUUAUAGUAGCAAACAGAUACACACAAUGCUGUAACUGACUUAUUUAACAGACAAUUUGUCUGACCACUUCCAAUCGUCGACCAUCGCACAUGUACGAUCUUCAAGCGCACAAAAUAUCGAACCAGUUUUCUUUUGCGGAAGUGAAACACGAAAGCCCUAGCAGCCCCACGUACGACUUGUGAUAAAAGAGGAACAUACACUUCCAACUGUUUCGGACUCGGGAGCGAGAAAGUGUACUCGAUGUAAGCUCGAUCUUCCAUCUUCUCACAGGCACAACAUAAGUUUGUUUCUCGCAAGUGGCACAAAAAUAAAAUACGAUUCUUUAGCAGUAGUUCAAUGUUCAGAUUGAAAAUACGAUUUAUUACAUAUUUACUUUAAUACGUUGUUAAAUUAGACUUGUUUUUUGUUCGUUCUACACCUGGUUUUUCAAGCACACAAUAUGUAAUGUAAAAGUAGUUGUUCUUGGUUCUUCCAAUGUAGGAAAGAUUCGUUCACAUACAUUUGUAUUAAACAACAAAUAUUGUAACCAUUACAACAAAAACAACCCGGUAUCAACCGCAUACUCUUCCGCUGAAAUCGAAAUCUGUGCUGAAAUGUGUGAUAAGAAGAUGUGGGGUGGGAUUUUUAACCGCUUCCGGAACUUUACGCCACCAUCCAGCCAUCGGAUGUGGAACAACAGUGCUCGUGCUGAUCGUGCACAAAACACAAAAUUUAACACGAAAAAUAAAAUCAGAACAGACUUGGCUGCAAAGCGCAAAAGCCGUAAAAGAAAUCGCUCAAAAGGAGAAACUUCAUUUGUGUGAAGUUGCUAUUUUUCAACUCCCCCCGCAUACAUUAAACAUUAGAUCGUAGCUUAGACGUUAAGAGGAGUAGAAGCAGACACAGAUACACGGAGCAAGUGAACGAUGCGGAAACAUUAGAAUUGUGCAGUGUAGUGCAAGUAAGAAAAACGUGUGUAAGUUCGUGAGUGUCUGCCGUAUGAUGUAUGAAUGUUGAGUGAAAAUUCCUUCCCACCCCUUUCCCGAGGACAGCCCGAAGCUGAAGUGGAAAUUUAAAUUACAUACACACAAACAUAACGCAUAAAAGAAACGCAAAGCAAAACAAAUGAGAAAUCCAAAGUCAUCGUACGCGUCGUUUUAGAGUAGAUUCUAACUAAUGGUAAUCUGUAGGUACUAUCAAGCAAUGUAAAGGGCAGAGAGAAAGAGAGUAUGAAUUAUCACAAAACGAUAGCAACCGGCAGAUACAUGCCGAGAGGCAUGAUCGAACUACAGUGUGUCAAAAGUCGGCUGAUAAAGCCAUAAGAGAAACGGAAGGAAAAUCAACCUUCUUCUUUCCGCUCAGCAGUGCACAAAUGCUGGCGAAUAUCGUCAAAACGCGUCGCUCAAACGUGAACGCAGCCAUAUUAAUCGUUAGUCGGCACUGCAACUCGCACGCCUUAUCGCUGUUGCUUUGCGUUAUGUAACUCGUUUACGUAUAUUUGAUUACUUCCUCUCAUAUUUUAAUGAUAGAUAUAAAAUAAUAUUUCCUUUUAACGAUGAAAGAGUAACCUUGUCAUUUUAGUUCACUCGACCCGUUUUUUUCAGAAUAAGUUUUUAAAAGAGUUUUACCUUUUGCGCCCUUUCUUCUUUCUAUAACUUUUAAUGAAAUCCUUUUACUGAUCCUUGGUACAGUGUGUUUGCUCUUUGAUAUCGAUCGCGUGCUACCAUAGUUGUUUCGAACGAGCUUAUUCUACGACACUUGAAUCUUUGUGUUGCUGUUAUACGCAUAUUUUCUACUAAACCGCUAUACUGAACAAAAUUGCAAGCUUUGUUGCAGGGCUUUGCUCCAGCAAGACGGCCUCCUCUCGUUGAUUACACGCCGCACGCUCCGUGUAAAUAGGUCUCCCUUUUACCAGUGUUCCUCCUUUCGUAGUAUGGUUUUAAUAAAAAAAAAGUAACGUCCUGAAACGUAGAAUGCAAUCGAUCAGAGAUCGAAUUUUCAAAACGUAUUUCUCAUGGGGCAGAUAAUGAAAGCAAAAAAUGCAGAAAACAAGAAAAUCAUACAAAUGUAAUAGCGAUUAGGUUUGGUGCAGCUUUUUAAACAAAGCUUGACUCAAAAAAAAAAACAGAAAAUGAAGGAAAAAUCAAAGUUUAAAAAAGUAGCUUUAAAAUAAUUCAAAACUUUAGCAACAUAUAAAAAGAAUAGCAAAGUAGAGGAAAAGCUCUUCAAAACAACCGAUACAAAUCAGCUGGUAUCUGCUGAAUGUGUAAAUGCUAUGGUGAAAUGAAAUUGAACAAAAAAUUACAUUAGCUUCCCUUUUUCUGGGGAGCAUGCAACCACCAAUGCGACAAUGGACAAGGAGACGAAAACAAAACCAUGAAGCUCAAGUCAAACAAAAUAUUAUACUGUAGCCGAUCCGCUGUCCACUGUUUUUAAUUCGAUAUCGAUUAUUGUGCGGGCAUCGUUUGAAGAGAUCUUUUACUGAUUGCCACCGCCGCAUCCACCAAGUAUCUUCCUUCCUUUCUUCCUUCCUACCUUCCACAUCGUCCUGUUCAGUGUAAUAGUGGUAGUAUAGAGCGUGCGUGAAUGAUAAGAUAGAUUCGAUAUUGAUAUAGUAAUUCUCAACUACAAAACUACGCUCCGAGCAGAAAGGAAAAACAAGUCUUGACAAGUUCGUAGUGCAGUCCCGUUUUUUCGCUCGCAGGAGCAACGAUUUCCCAGCGCAAAGACGUGGAUAAGGAACAGCAAGCUCUGGUAACACAGAAGUAAGCGAUGCGCUUGAAUGGGCAACACAAGAUGAAACAAGAAUAAAAUCUGCUAAACAGUGUUAGAACAUAAAUUUUAAGAAAUUAAAAAUAAAGAGAAAGAAAGAGAGACAUAAAGAGAGAGGAACAAAAAAGCAAGAGAGAGAGAUAGAGCGAUUGUGUGUAAUUACAAGCUCUCGUUUUCGCCAAAUUAUUACUAUUAAUGGAAGAAUAUAAAACAUACAAACACAAAAAAAAAACACAAAAAUGCUCCACUGCAUAACAAAAGUAUAUAAAUUUAUUCUUAUUCAUAGUGUUUAAUGGUGAAUGCCACAAAACGACGACAAAAGCACUUAUUCGUAGUGCAAAACAGAAAGGGCGAAGGCAUGAUUAAAGAAUUAAAACCACCACAUCAAAGAAAAACAUGGACUUUACUACAGCUUAACAAACAAAGAACGACCCCACCACGUGUCGUGGUGUGAAGCAAAGGAAAACAUAUAAACCAAAAGUCGAAUGAGAGGAGCCGGCAUGUGAUUCAAGAGCAGCAAAAUAAAACACAAUCCACGGUCAUCAAACAGAUGAAAUAAAUCAAACAAAUUUCCCCACAUUACAAAAAGGACACCCGAACAAGCAUAAAAGUUGAAAAGAAAUAGAACUCCGAAGUACCACAAACCAGUAGCGAAUUCACAGCAAAGCAAAAGGCAUAGUGGUAUAGUGUUAUUAACACCGAAACCCAGAAACAAAAUAUGGCUGUAGAAGCACAAGAGGGAAACUCACGGAGUAAAACACGCAUUAGUCGAAAAUAGUAGGAAGCGGCAUGGACCGUCAGAAGGUGAGCAAAAUUGUACCAAACUCGGGGCAUGCAUGGAGCCUGCCCCGUCCGUCACUACCAAUCAACCAUAGUUCCCGUAGCAUUACGAGGCCAUACUUGAACGCUCAUCCCCAAUGCAAGCAUGCCUCCCUCCUCUCGCAGAAAACCCGUUCGAUCUAAAACGAUACAUAAAGUAGUACAAUACAUACACUAGUAGAAACCGAACCGGAAGGCUAUAUCCAUAUUUGGAUUCUGUCCACAGCGGGUGAGGAUGAAAAACACUCUUCGCAAGCAACAUUGAUACUCACAGAACAACCGCAGAAAAUGGUUCAUGUCGAUUCGCUCGGUCCAGAUCCAAAUAAGCAAAACACGAUUUAAAAGGAAAUCUAAAUAUUCAUUCUACAAUAGUGAAUGUAGGUGCCACACAAAAACCACACACAAAAAAAAAAUAUUUAAAAAAAAAAAACAAACAAACAAACAAACAAACCACAACAGUAAUGCAUCCAAUAGAAACAUAAAAGUUUAGUAGAAUGUCCAAA